GGAGCACUAAAAAUAAAUACACAUUCAGCCAGUUUAAAUAAAAUGCCUGUUAAAUUAGCAAUAAUACAUUUAUUCUGCAGCUAAAUAAGCAAAGACAAUAAAGAUAAACUUACUUAUUGAUUAAUGCUUGGCCCUAAACAAGGCAGGGGCUUAAAAGCAGUUGGUAAUUUUCAUGUUUUUUUCUCUCUUUCUCUUUUUAAAGUCUAGUUAGUAGUAAUAUAAUAAUCAAAUGCAAAAUGUUUAUUCAGUAGCAUUUUACUAAAGAAUAAAAUGCUGUUAUAUGGGUGUGCCAUGACCUAGUUUGCUGGGACAAAGAUGGUUUCCAGGAAGAGGAAAAAAAGUACAAAAAAAAUGUCAAAGGGAUAUCAUCCAACAUUUCAUCUUCCUUCUUCUCAGAUCCUGUAAACAGAAACACUGUAUGUAUUAAAUAGUCCAUAAAAGGCUGAUGAAAUCAAUUAGAUCCCUUUAGGAACAAAGGAAACCCAUUUUGGCCAUUGAGUCCCAAUGUAGGAGAAAAUGGCUGCGCCUGCAUUCAGCCUUCUUUCUGCUCUCUGUAGGAAGAACUGAAGGCUGUGCUUCUAAUAGCUGAAUCUAGCCCGGUGCUUCAAUCUGAUUGGCUAGAGAGAGAGCUGCUGUUAACCAGCCAAUUGCCCAAGCACCGCAGAAUAUCAAACAAUGUUGGGAAUGGUUGGAAUUGAGAAAUGUAUCACAACUAAUAUUAGUACAUAACAUUAGAUGUUAAAAUAAAAUAAAAAAAACUUUUUUGUUGUUGUUUUGUUUAUAUAAGGUGGACCCUUGUGUAAGUGUAUUUUACUGACACAUUCUGAAUGCAAGACUUAAUUAAAUAUUCAGGAAUAAAUGUUUAAAUUAAAACAAAAACGCAGUUCGUUUCUAAACCAAAUCAUUUGGGCUUCCAGCGCGUGUCCCAAUUCAGUUUUAACAACCUUCCCCAGCGUCGCUCCUCCAUGUCCAUCUUGUAUUUAACGUCCAUGUAAAUCUAUCGUGCAGAUUCAACGCGUUCAAAGCGUUGGUGUUUCUGUUCGAAAUUCAACAUAUGUUCACUUCCUGCUCGUUUACCGCAGACAACUCCAUUCGUAUCAUUCGUAUGUGUUUUUGACGGUCAAAUAAAAAUUCUGUUUUGGGGUAACAAUUAAAAAUAAUAAAUCGAAAGCGCGUGUCGAAUGUGCAGGAAGGUUCAGAUAGUGGUGUAUUGUGGGAGAGACAGAAACCCCAGACUAGAGGCACACAAUAUGUGUUGGCUCGCAAAAAAGAGGCAGUAUCCUUAAAAUCAUGUAAUGUGAUCGGCGAAACGUUCAAGAUCUAGCCGUUUUAUAUACAACUACUCGAUCGGACACAAGAUGUCCAGACCUGGAGAAAGAAACAAACUAAAUGAAGAUCACGGUAAAAGACAGAGUUCAAGUUUGGCGAACGGAAUGGAGAACAGCCAUCCUAUCUGCAGCUCGGGAGAGAAACGAAGUCAUUGGAGAAGUUACAAGUUGAUUAUUGACCCAGCAUUGAAAAAGGGAUCGCACAAACUGUAUCGCUACGAUGGACAGACCUUCAACGUGCCGAACCCCGGAAUGCCACCCGUGGACAUCGUCCGAGACCCGAGAAUCGGUCGUCUGUGGACAAAGUACAAGGAGACUGAUCUCCCGGUUCCUAAAUUUAAGAUCGAUGAGUGUUACAUCGGUCGCGUGCCUCCAAAGGAGGUCACAUUUGCCAAGCUCAACGACAACGUCAGAGAGGGAUUCCUCACCGACAUGUGCAAGAAGUUCGGCGAAAUCGAGGAGGUGGAAAUCCUGUACAAUCCGAAGAACAAAAAACAUCUCGGAAUUGCUAAAGUUGUUUUCGGGACCGUCAAAGCGGCGAAGGAUGCUGUGCAGAACUUGCACAACACGUCUGUCAUGGGCAACAUUAUCCACGUGGAGCUGGACCCUAAAGGUGAAAAUCGCCUAAGGUACUUCCAGCGUCUGAUCAAUGGAAGUUAUACUCCGCUCACUCUUCCAGUGGGUGGUGAAGAGGCCUGUGAAGUUUCUCCACGCAGCUUGGCUGAAGCCCUGCUGCCCUUGCGAAGACUGUCCGAAGGCAGUUCUUCUGCAGUCGGAGGCACGGCCACACCGGGCGGCACCAACACACCCAUAUCCCUAGAUACAGCCUACUCCAGCCUAAGGCAGGAUACGCCUCAGUCCCAGGGUACCCCGCACACCCCGCGGCCAUCAGGCACCCCGUUCUCUCAGGACUCCAGCUACUCCAGCAGGCAAGGCACUCCGGCAUUCCAGUCGAACCGUGCUGAAUCCUCGGGAGGCUACAAGUCGAGACGGCAUGAAACUAAAUUCCAGGAUGCCUACAACCGAAGACCGGAGAGGCAUUAUGUCCAUGGUACAGGAGGAGGGGUGCAUCGUGGUAACGCAGAGCAACCGCCCAGUUUUAAGCAACAUCAGCCCCCCGAGCCGCCGUCACCUGCUUUUGCGCACACGCCGCCGCCACCAGCCAGUGGAAAUUUCAAAAAUGCUUUCUCUCCUUAUCAACCCCCAAUUCCCCCAGUGUACCCUCACACAGAGCCUUCUUUCCACCAGCCUGUACAACGGGAAGUGGAUUAUAGGAGACCGCCUCAAGCCCCGCCUCCCCCGAGUACUGACUUCAUGCCUGUCAGAGACGGGCCUGUAACACCGCCAAUGCCCGAGCCGCCACCCCCUGCACCAGAAUCCCAACCAGCCACACCUCCCCCCUCCACACCGGAGCUCUGCCCAUCACUGGGCACCCCGACCCAGGACUCUGAGCGCAACAGCUUGGACUCGCGCAUAGAAAUGCUUCUUAAGCCCUACCUGAAUGAACGCGGAGACUCUGAUGCUGAGGUGCGCAUGGACGGGAGUCCGAUUUCUUCAUCAUCCUCUCAGCUCUCCCCCAUUCCACCCCAGCGGCCCUCACGCCCUUCUAGCACCGGCCUGGAGGACAUCAGCCCAACGCCACUUCCUGAUUCGGACGACGAUGAACCUAUUCUUGGUACUGCUUCCCUGUUGGCAAAUUCUAGGGCUGUGUCGCCCUUCAUGCACAGUAAAAGUGGGGCAGGAGAACCACGGACGCCCAUCGACAAAAUGGACACGGACCAUCAGUCAUCAGGUGAAGACAUGGAGAUUUCCGAUGAUGAGAUGCCUGGCACACCGAAUGCUAGUGGGGAUUGUGAAAGCAUUGUGGUCAACUCUGCGAUGUCUCCAAUGCAGACCAUUUCCAUGCCCCCGCCAGGGUUUCCCCCACUGCCUCCUCCACAGGCUGGCUUCGCACUGCAACUACCUCCUCUUCCAACCGUACCACACCUGACUGGCCCACCUGGCGUGGUCCCCCAUCCGAUGCUACACCCGUUGCACCCUUAUCCCCCUGGCAUGAUGCCCAUUAUGCAGAUGGACCUCAUGAGCUCCUUAACUCAGUGGGGAAGCGUUCACAUGUCCUUCCAGAUGCAGACUCAGAUGUUAAGUCGCAUGGCACAAAGCCAGCGGCCAUACCCUUACCCUCACUUCAUCAGCGGGGCUGCUGCAAGUGCCAGCGCUGCUGCCGCCAUGCAGUUUGGAGGCCCGUAUCCACCUUUGUCUAUGGUUGGUGCGCCUGCAAGCACUGUGGGUCAGGAGCAGCCCUGGCAUCUAACCAACAUGCCCAAGUUCAACCCUGCUGUUCCCCCUCCAGGCUAUGAGCCCCAAAAGGAAGACCCACACAAAGCCACUGUGGAUGCAGUGCUUACGCUUAUUGUCAAGGAGCUGAAGUCCAUUAUGAAAAGAGAUCUCAACCGCAAGAUGGUGGAGGUGGUGGCCUUCAGGGCGUUUGAUGAGUGGUGGGACAAACAGGAGCGUUCGGCUAAGGCUACGAUUACACCUGUGAAGACAGGUGAGGGCAAAGAUGACGAAAAAGAACGGGCCAAACCCAAAGAGACUAUAUCCUCUAGCUUACUGGAAAACUGGAACAAGGUUGAGGGUAUGGGAUUCGAGGGAAUGGGUCUCGGCAUAGGCCUGCGUGGUGCCAUCCGGUUACCAUCCUUCAAGGUUAAGAGGAAACAGCCCCCUGAACCAACAUCUUCCACUGACAAUAAGAGGGUGCGACCAUCCACACCUGUCGAUGAUGAGCUGGAAGAUGAAGAAUCAGAAAGAAUAGAUCUUCACACAGACGGAUCCAGAACGGAUGGCGGUGGUACUUCUGCAAAGCGAAGGCCAGCCAGACCUCUGGAGCUUGACAGCGAAGGCGAAGAGGAGGAGGAAACUUCUGGCAAAGAGGAGUCAUCACCUUCAGAUCAUGAAGAGGAGCCAGUGGAAGAUGCCUCUGAGAGGUUGUCCUCUGGCAUGGUUAUGGAGGAUGGGGAAGAUGAUGAAAAGAAGAGCGAAUCAGACUCCAGUGGGAGUGAAUCAUCUGACUCAUCAGAUGAUGAAUCUUCUAGCUUAUCCUCCUCCUCCAAAUCUGGUUCUGGUUCCUCUGGGAGCGAGAGCUCGUCCGACUACGAAUCAAGUUCAGAGGAGGAAGAGGAGGAAGAAGAAGAACAGGUAGAGGGAAUAGAGGAUGAAGAUGAAGCCGAUGCACAAACCUCAUCGUCGUCCUCAUCUUCCACAUCCUCAUCUUCUGAAGAGGAGGAUGCUGACGUAAAAGCUCCCAGUACCCCCACAGGACCACCACUAGAAGAGGAACCAAAUGAGUUGGGCAGGCUGGAAGCGUUAGAUGAGCCAGAGAUCAAUCACAAGCAUACUGCAGUGAGCUCAAUCAAGUCUGGAGUUGAAGACUUGUGGCCCCCAUCACCCAAAGGACUGCCAGCCGAUAAACCCGACGUAGAUUUGGCCAUCAGUAUUCCAGUGUCCAAAGCUGAAGCCACCCUGGAGGAUGUCGGUAGCUUGCGGCCAGCCACUCCAACAGGUUCGUUUGCAGACAGUGAUCUGGACUCCCAACCAAAGAUCCCUAUAGAAGACUUUCCCAGUACCCCUGGGCGGGUUGGCCCAGUUUCCCUAGAAUCAGAAGCCGCAAUCCCUCAUUCUCUUCCUACGCCCUCAAUGCACCUUCCAUUUCCCUCCAAUCAUGCUCUUGAAGCUCGAUCCUUUCUGCCGCCUCCUGAAGCUUUGCCGGAUAUACCUGUCCGUGGGCGGUUGCCUACGGAAGAGGACAUCCCACGCACACCGGGGAGAGAUCUUAUGGACAGAUCCCGGGGCUUGGGCAAGUCUCAAAGCACUGAUACAGUUCCAGUCACACCAGGUAGCGACACGCCACUAACAGGUAACAGCUUGAGCUCGCCGCAUAAUCACGGCAGCCCUUUCUCUUACCCUGCUCAAUCCCCUGUCCUCAGCGCUGGUAUCCCUCGGACUCCGGGUAGAGACCUUACUUUCGCCCCAGCUUUCCCUGAUUCUGCUGCUUUAUCUGCAGGCCUUCCCAUUCACAGGAAGGCCUCGUCAGAGAGCUUGGAGGAGAAGUCUCUCUUUAAAGAACCUCUACUUAGCGCCUCUCCUCAGGCCAGCCUACCUAACAAUGCAGUUUCUUCCCCAUUCCCUGGUCCUCCCCUUCCUGCUGCUUCACUUCAGGAGCCACCUCUGCCUCCCCAAGGCUCCUCUCCCACUUCUGUAGAGACUUCCUCUUCUGCUGCUCCAAAAGACCUACCUGUUCCUGUGCCCUUAGAUACUACACCAAGCAAGAGGAAACUAGGACGCCCCAAGUCUAAAAAGGGACAAGUGACCACGCCUUCAGAUUCUGAAGAGCCUUCAGCUCCAAUGGUGGCCUCUUUACCUCCAGAUCUACCAGUAAACAACCUGUACCCAGAACACCCUUCAGACACCUUCAAAAGAGAAGAUGGUGACUCCAGAGCCUUGGAAGAAGAGAAUAACCAAACCCAGACGGUCAUACCUGAGCUAGAAGACAGGUUGCUUUACGUCGAGGAACCUAUUCAGAAGACGCGCCGACAGAGACGGGGCUGGCAAGAGUUGUUGUUGUCCAUGCACUCCCCCGUGUCAUCACCGGCCCACACCAGCUUCUUACCCCGCUCAGAAUUUGAGGAGAUGACCAUCUUAUAUGACAUCUGGAAUUUUGGCAUUGAUGAGGAGGACAUCUCCUACCUUAAGAUAACUUAUGACAAGAUGCUGCAGCAGGACAAUGGCAACGACUGGCUCAACGACACCCUCUGGGUCCACCAUCCUCCUACCAACAUGGGCAGCACAUCAGGGCUGAAAAAGAAGCGGAAAGAGGAUGGUAUACGCGACCAUGUCACCGGCUGUGCCCGCAGCGAGGGCUACUACAAAAUCGACAAGAAAGACAAAAUGAAGUACUUGAAAAGCUCACACCUGCAGUCCGAAGAGCCUGAUGUGGACACUCAGGGGAAGAGUAUUCCAGCACAGCCCCAAGUGUCCACUAGGGCAGGUUCAGAGCGGCGGUCUGAACAGCGGCGCCUGCUGUCAUCCUUCAGCUGCGACAGUGACCUCCUCAAGUUCAACCAGCUCAAGUUCCGUAAAAAGAAAAUCCGGUUCUGUAAAAGUCACAUUCAUGACUGGGGAUUGUUCGCCAUGGAACCUAUUGCUGCUGAUGAGAUGGUUAUCGAAUAUGUUGGCCAGAAUAUCCGACAGGUUAUCGCAGACAUGCGAGAGAAGCGCUAUGAGGAAAAGGGCAUCGGCAGUAGCUACAUGUUCCGUGUGGAUCACGAUACCAUUAUAGAUGCAACCAAAUGUGGCAACUUUGCUCGCUUCAUCAAUCACAGUUGCAAUCCAAACUGUUAUGCCAAGGUCAUCACUGUGGAGUCACAGAAAAAGAUCGUCAUCUACUCCCGGCAGCCAAUAAAUGUUAACGAGGAGAUCACCUACGACUACAAGUUCCCCAUCGAGGACGAGAAGAUACCGUGCCUCUGUGGUGCAGAAAACUGCAGGGGAACCUUAAACUAACCCCAGCAUAUAGGUGAGAACUUUGUUAAAAACAUGCACUGCCCAACAACAAGCCCAGACGCCCCAUCUUCUGGAGCUACAGAGGAAAUAGUGGGUAAAAUCCAACACAUCCACUGGAUACAUCGUGCAGCUAAGUGUCUGGGACUUCUUUUUUUACUUUUUCAUGAUUGUUUACAAAUUACAGGUGCUCUUUCAAGCAUAAAAAAUAAGUUUUCUGCCACUCUUCCAUUGACCUCUUUGGAAAUUGACUUAUUUCCCUCCCAAAUGUUUGGGCGCUGACUUUGUUGUCUGCCCAUUUGGCACAGUUUGUCUUUGCCGUGGAGCUCCUGCUCCUCGUCAGUCCCCUUUUCUUCUGCAGUUUGGUUAUGGAGAGACCUCCCCGUCCAUGAACUUGGACCCCAAACACUUUAAGCUGCUCACGUCUGUUCCACAGGCACAAAAUUCAGUUUUAAAAAGCUCCUAUCACGUUUUUUUUUUUGAACUUGCAUGAAGUUGGACUUCACUGUAUCGUGCCCUCAAGGUUUAGCAUUCAUUGUGACACUAACCAUUGUUGGGGUAAUUGGGUGAAUUGUCUUUAGUUUGCAGAACAUUCAACAAAAGCACACCUGCGCCGGCCACAAAACAAAUCAGAAGAAAAGGUCCACAGCUCAGGCAAAUAUACACAAAGCGAAACGCUCCUACGAUAUUUCAGCCAGCGCUGCACCUAUGUGGCAGGUUACUGACUGGACAAUUUUUAAUGGAUAAAAGCAAAUCAUACAAUACACUACACUUUAUUCUUUCAUUUAUUCAAGCCAUUUUUAGUCAUCUCUGUGAUCUUUGGAUUUGAGCAUGUCUUCUGCCCUCUAGCUUUUGUAAAAUGCAAAGACAGAAAGCUGCUGGUCUUCAAUCAGAUUCCACUUUAAAGCUGUACAGCUUAGUAUUAACUCUGUGUUCGUCAUGUCAGCUCACUCUUUUAGCAGAUAAACAUGCAGAGGUCCAAUUAGGUUCAUGCAUAUUCCGGCACUAGUGCUGAAUUUUCUAUUAUGGAGCGAAUCUCACCAUGAUGCUGCUAUUCUGCAAACGUAUGUUCCUAAUUUUCUCCACCAGUUCACUUUAAGAUGGUGAAAUCCACCUGCACUGGUUUCAGCAUGGGUUUUCAUAGUAUUUGGAGUUCUUUGUGAGUGCUGUAACUGGCGCACAGCACUGAUGCUUUACAAAAGGGUUGCCCUGACACCAAUUCAACGAAUAAAUCUAGUCUAAGUACAUGCACCGAUGUUUAGGAUCAGACCCUGGAGUAUUAGGUCCGUCGACCUGAAACUGCCAGCAGUGGAUGCAGAAUAUCAAGUACAGAGUUGAAUAGAGUGCCAAAUGUGUACUUUAAUGUGUCACGGCUCUAAAGGCAAACCUUCUUCCAUUUGUCUCCUCCUAUGUGUGUGUGUGUUUCAAGUUCACUGGUACUUCGAGCGACCCGCUUGGGGUCUUUCUGCAUUUUGCUCAGUAUUUAACCAUCAAAAAGUUUGAAAACUAUUAUAGCCUCAUUCAGCCAAAUUUCGCUUCGAAAGCGGAAGACUUUCUGAUCUGCAAGGCAACAUGGUCACUGUGCUUUUCUUUGUGAUUUGGUUAUGUUAAUAAAUGCACUAGAGGCUUCUAACCUCCCAUCAGGCCAAAUGGCUCUCACAAGAACAAGCUAUGAAACGUGUCCUUUAACAUGAGUUCACUCACAGGGUAAGGUCUCCCCUUUUUUGUUAUUUUUCUUUUUAAAUAUGUUUAUAUUGUACAGGAAAAUAAUGGUUUGUAUUGAGGAAUGAGGCUUUUUUUAUCAUGAUGGGGAGUGAUGAUGCAUCGUUCUGCUUUUAUGAGCGACAAAUGGAGUAUUUAAAAUGAAUAUUUUUCAGGGAUCAUUAUAUGAAAAAAGGGGUUGAAUAGCUAAUUUAAAGAAAAUGAUGCAUCUUGUACAUAAAACCGAUUUGUACUUCCUUUUGAAAGAUUGUUUCUUGUAGAAACGUCUUUUUCUGCCCAUUUUCCUUUGGAUUCUUAUGUGUAAAUACUUUGAACUGUGAAUAUAUAAAUAUAAAUAUAUAUAUUUUUGUUCCUGAGGAUUUGCUACAGCGUCACAGCUCAGAAAGGUCUAUCUGACAGUGAGUACAGAGAGCUGGUGGCAGUAUUUUCAGCUUGUGUCAAGCUUUAUUUUUUAUUUUUGGUUGUAAAUUCUAUGAAAAUCUGUUUGCAGUGUGGGGGAAAAAGCAUUAUCAUUCAGAAAUGGCAAGGGAGAUUAGUAAAAUUGACAUUUUUCUCCCUGUCUAUUUAUUACACCACAAAUGUAUGGAGAAAGAUCAUGGAAAAAUAAAGGAUUUUUUUUUCAA